CACAUCCGUCCAUCAGACCUCAGACUGGUUCAGACCGUUUCACACUCCAGACCUCCUGCAGACCAACAUGAAGUCUUUCAGCCUCCUUCUGUCUCUGCUGCCGCUGCUCCUGCCGGUGCUGUGUGCCGGCUUGGAAUGCGGACCGUGUGACCCGGCUCAGUGCGCUCCUCUCCCGGCGGAGGGCUGCGCCGCCGGUUCCAUGCUGGACUCCUGCGGCUGCUGCUCGGUGUGCGCCGCCGCGGAGGGAGAGCUGUGCGGCGGCCGCCGCGCGGAAGGGCGCCGCUGCGGCCCCGGACUGGAGUGCGUCAGGGGCAAAGAGGACAAGAAGAACAAGAUGGGAAUCUGUGUCUGCAAGAGCGGCUACGAGGUCUGCGGAACCGACGGACAGACCUACAAGAGCGGCUGCGCGCUGAAGACCGCCAGUCUGAAGGCCGAGAGAGAGGGCAAAGAGCCGGUCAACAUUCAGAACAAGGGCCGCUGCGCCACAGCUCCCAUCAUCGUCACCCCUCCAGGUGAGGUGUACAACGUGAGCGGCUCUCAGGUGUACCUGAGCUGUGAGGCGGUGGGCGUGCCCACACCUGUCCUCACCUGGAAGAAGGUCCUCAAUGGGAAGAAGAGGAUGGAGCUGCUUCCAGGAGACAGAGACAAUCUGGCGAUUCAGACGAGAGGCGGACCAGAGAAACACGAAGUGACCGGCUGGGUGCUGAUCUCCCCUCUGACCAAAGAAGAAGAAGGAUCUUAUGAGUGUCACGCCACCAACGCCAAAGGAGAAGCUUCUGCUAUCGGAGCCAUUCACCUGGUCGAGUCCAUCGAUGACAUCGUCAUCAAGAAAGUGACGAAGGACGACGAACUUUGAUCAGCUGGUCGGAGAUCAACGAGGACAAACAUCGCAGAUGUUUUUUUUUUUAAACUUUCAGUGAAAAUCUGAAUGAAAGGGUGAUUUUUUAUUAUUUUUUAAACUUCUGACACUUUUAACACUUUAAGUUUGAAAUUAUGUCUAAAGUUUGUUGUCAAACUUCAGAGAUUUUUGUAUAACCUUUGGAUUUUAACUUCUUGCUUUAAUCUUUUCUUUGUUUUUUGAACUUUUAAUAUUUUAAGUUUUUUGGCAUUUAUUAUCCUUUUUAUUUUCCUGACCAGAUAAACCAAAAGCAUCAGGCUUUUCUAUUGGAAAGGCUGACAGCCAGGUGUCAGGUUGUAGGUCAACAGCAGUGAGGCAGGUCACCAUAGCAACAUGCAGUGAGGCAGGUCACCAUAGCAACAUGCAGUGAGGCAGGUCACCAUGGCUACAGCAGUGAGGCAGGUUACCAUGGCUACAGCAGUGAGGCAGGUUUGUUUGUGUUGUGUAGACGCUCUUCAUUUCUCAGGUCUGAAUGCUGAGAAACAGAAAAUGUUUAAUAUUUUGUUUGGUUGUUGUUGUUUAUUCAUCGAUGUUUGUUCUGCAAAUGAACAAGUUUCUUUUUUUUUUUUAAUGUCUCAGUCAGGACUUUUUCUGCUCUGUGACCAAAACAAAGUAAAAACAACUGAUGAUGAGUUCUCAUCAGAAUUUUAAGUAUUUCUUUUCAGGUUGUAUUUCUUUGAAUUAAAUAAAAACAGUUUUAACACUUUGUAUGAAAUUA